ACACUAGAACCUCCUUAAGUUGCGUCGCGCCACAGCUGUCUGCGAACACUGAGCUGCCUGGCGCCGUCUUGAUACUUUCAGAAAGAAUGCAUUCCCUGUAAAAAAAAAAAAAUACUGAGCGAGGGAGAGAGGGGAAAAGAGAGAGAGACGGAGAGCGAGACAGAGUGAGCCACGCAAUCUGGCCGGGCAGGUCGCACGCGUCCUCCUCCUCCUCUUCCUCUUUGCUCCUCGCUACCCAGGUGAGCCGAGGAGAGAGUCCGGCUCGGAGCCUCUGAGGAGGAGCCCAGGUGCAGAGCAGCUUCCCCCGCGGACUCCCAGCGCCUUCGCUCCCUUUUCCAUCCCGCCGUACCUAGUUUUUGGAUUUUUUCUCCCUUUCCUCUUCUUCUUGCUAAAUUACCCCUCCAAGAUUUUUUGUCCUCCAACUCCUUCCGUUUGCUCUCCUUUCCUCCCCAGCCUUCCCACUGCUCCGGUGAAAACAAAUCACUAAAAAAAAAAAAAAAAAAAAAAGGAGCCCCUCUCCCCGCCCGCCGACGGCAGGAGCCCCGCGACCUCCCAGGUCGACCGCCCUCCCUCGCCGCGCGCGGGUUCCCGGCCCGGCCAGAGGGCGCGAGCGCAGCCGAGGCCAUGGAGGUGACGGCGGACCAGCCGCGCUGGGUGAGCCACCACCACCCGGCGGUCCUCAACGGGCAGCACCCGGACACGCACCACCCGGGCCUCGGCCACUCGUACAUGGACCCGGCGCAGUACCCGCUGCCCGAGGAGGUGGAUGUACUUUUUAACAUCGACGGGCAAGGCAACCACGUCCCGCCGUACUACGGAAACUCCGUCAGGGCCACGGUGCAGAGGUACCCUCCGACCCACCACGGGAGCCAGGUGUGCCGCCCGCCUCUGCUGCACGGGUCCCUGCCCUGGCUGGACGGCGGGAAAGCCUUGGGCAGCCACCACACCGCCUCGCCCUGGAACCUCAGCCCGUUCUCCAAGACGUCCAUCCACCACGGCUCCCCGGGGCCGCUCUCCGUCUACCCCCCGGCCUCGUCGUCAUCCCUGUCGGCCGGCCACUCCAGCCCGCACCUCUUCACCUUCCCGCCCACGCCGCCGAAGGACGUCUCCCCGGACCCGUCGCUGUCCACUCCGGGCUCGGCCGGCUCUGCCCGGCAGGACGAAAAAGAGUGCCUCAAGUACCAGGUGCCGCUGCCCGACAGCAUGAAGCUGGAGGCGUCGCACUCACGCGGCAGCAUGCCCGCCCUGGCCGGGGCCUCCUCGUCGGCCCACCACCCCAUCACCACCUACCCGCCCUACGUGCCCGAAUACAGCUCCGGACUCUUCCCGCCCAGCAGCCUGCUGGGCGGCUCCCCCACCGGCUUCGGAUGUAAGUCGCGGCCCAAGGCGAGGUCCAGCACAGGCAGGGAGUGUGUGAACUGCGGGGCGACCUCGACCCCCUUGUGGCGGCGCGAUGGGACCGGGCACUACCUUUGCAACGCCUGCGGGCUCUACCACAAAAUGAACGGACAGAACCGGCCCCUCAUCAAGCCCAAGCGAAGGCUGUCGGCAGCCAGGAGAGCCGGGACUUCCUGUGCAAACUGUCAGACCACGACGACCACCCUCUGGAGGAGGAAUGCCAAUGGGGACCCUGUGUGCAACGCCUGCGGGCUCUACUACAAGCUGCACAAUAUUAACAGACCCCUGACUAUGAAGAAGGAAGGCAUCCAGACCAGAAACCGAAAAAUGUCUAGCAAAUCCAAAAAGUGCAAAAAGGUGCACGACACCCUGGAGGACUUCCCCAAGAGCAGCUCGUUCAACCCGGCCGCCCUGUCCAGACACAUGUCCUCGCUGAGCCACAUCUCCCCGUUCAGCCACUCCAGCCACAUGCUGACCACGCCCACGCCGAUGCACCCGCCGUCCAGCCUCUCCUUCGGACCUCACCAUCCCUCCAGUAUGGUCACCGCCAUGGGCUAGAGCCCGGCCCGCCGUGUACAGGUCUCUGAGCGAGAGAGCCCCUCCGAUCCCUUCUAUUCUACUUGCGUUUUUGCAGGAGCAGUAUCAUGAAGCCUCAACGCGACGGAUACGUGAUUUCGAAGGCAGAAAGCGAAACGAUGGUUGCCGCUUUGGCAAAGGAGCUCACUGCGGUGUCUCUGUUGCGACCACUGAAUCUGGAUCCCAUUUGUGAAUAAGCCAUUCAGACUCAUAUUCCCUAUUUAACAGGGUCUCUAGUGCUGUGAAAAAAAAAUAAAUAAAAAACGCUGAACAUUGCAUAUAACUUAUAUUGUAAGAAAUACUGUACAUUCGAGGGAGACUUUGCUGCACCUGGGUAGCUAUAACAAAAGCAUGAAGGACACGGAGAGUUUUAAGGAACAUAGGGGAUAUACACAGAAGUUAAGAAGAAACUAGGUCUGAAUCCAGAUGGACAGACUGCCAGUUUUGUUUCCUUUCACUGGCCACAGUUGUUUGAUGCAUUAAGAGGGGGGAAAAAAAAGAAAAAAAGAAAAAAAAGAUAAAAAGAAAUAAGAGAAAAAUGUCGUAGGCGAAAUCAUUCGUCCAAAGCUGUGGGCCUCUGCGAAGGAAACCAGUUCCCGGGCAACCAGUGUUAAGACUUGCACUUGGUCACCGAGGGGUGUGGAGUGUUGCUUCUAGGCCUACAUGCUUUGUGAAUAAGUCCCUGUAAUUGAUGUUUGUAUGUAUAAUUCAAAGCACCGAAAUAAGAAAAGAUGUAGAUUUAUUUCAUCCUAUUAUACAGACUGAAUUGUUGUACAAAUUUAUUUACUGCUAGUGUUAAGAAUUGCGCUCUCUCCUCUCUCUCCUCUCUCUCUCUCUCUUUUGUUCUUGUUGUUUUAAUAUUUUCCCUCUCUCUCCAUUUUUGGUUGAAUAAACUAGAUAACAUUCAGUUGACCUAAGGUGGUUGUGCUCUGGAGGGUUUCUUUUCCAUUUUGGUUUCGGAUGAUAUUUAUUAAAUAGCUUCUGAGGUACAGCAGUAUCUGUCUUCUCAUUCACUUCUGCAGCCUGUGCUUUGAGGGUAGCAGCGUAUGAACUACCCGUAUGCAUGUCAGGACCCUGGCCCUGCAGGCCACGUAUUCUGAGAGCUGCCUGGCUGUCAGCCCCUGUCGUGUUCUGUGUUAGUGAUCAUUGCCUUUAAUACAGUCUGUUGGAAUAAUACUAUAAAAAUCAUAAUAAAGUAUUUUAAAAUAAUAACAUCGUAUCCAAGUGGUGGCCAAGCUCUUAGAGAAUCUGGUAGCUCUAGCUAAUUUUAAAAAUAAGGAUUUUUUUUUUUAAACAAACAUUAAUUUAUUCCCUGGGAGACAGUGCUACUAACCCCCACCCAGAUAGUCAACAUCUAUGCCUUUGGGAAGCUGGGAGUAUUUGCAGUUCUAGAAGCAGCCCCGAGGACUGUAUCCUGGGGUUGGAUUCACUUCUGGCCUCCCCCUAGGGAGCUGCAGUUUCUCUCUGUCUGCUCUCCUUGCUACCUGGAAGGAGAAGUGGGAGAACUGCCCGAGAGUCUCAGGCUGAAGCUGCAGCCGGUGGGUUUCUCGGCACUGUAAGAGCUGGGCUGCUCUCGUUCAUUUCUGCUUUGCUUUUCUACUGUCCAAUAGCACCACAGCAAAGGGUUUAUUGAAAUGUUUGCGAAACCUGACAUAACCAUUUUGUAACUGAUGCUGUAUAGUUUCCUUUUACGCUGUUGACAGAAUGUGUAACGAUGGCACACAUUUAAAAAAUCUGUUAAUCGCCUCUCUGCUUUCUUAGCAAAUAUUUUAAACCUAAAGCUAAAUGUUGAAAUAAAGGAGUAGCGAAUUACUGAGAUGCAA